AUGGAGCGCUUGGAAGCGCCGGUAGAAGCAAUGCCGGGCUUCGAGACCUACAAGAACCACCCGGCCUUCCUGCAAGCCGCUGAUGUCUUCCCUUUGCCCUUUGUGCCCGGCGAGACGACCGACAAUGCGAGCGGGGAGUCUGGUCGGAGUGCAGUGUCCGGGCUCGAGGCGGAGGCGGCGGCCAGGGCUGAGGCUGGUAGCUGCAUUUUGCUGUCGGACACGUUGGCGCUGGCUUUCCAAGGACGGCAGGUCAUCACUUGCUGCCUCAACACUGGAGCUACUGCCAGCUGCCACUUGAGUGAUGUCAUCCUCUCCAUGGCCCGAGCUGCGCCCUUGGGCUCGACGGAAGGCGACCAGAUGGAGGUGUCGCUCGAGCGCGAGCUGGUGCUCCUGAGCACGGAGAGCGGGAUGUCCCUCCUGGAGGUGUCGCUGGAUGGCCAGCUGCAGGUGCUGCGGCACUGCGCCUGCGAGGUGCCGCGGCUCUACCUCUCCGCGGCGGCUCGUGAGGAGACCAGUGCCGGCGCCGGGGCAGUGCGGGUGCUCGCCUACUCUGUCAAGGAGAAGGAGGUGGAGAUGCUGGCGCUGCAGGUGAUGGAAGACGUACAGAUCCUUUGGCGUAGCUCCGGGGCCCAUCCGCCUCAGGGUGCGGUGUGGGCCCCGAGCUGUUGUAUCAUGCUGGCAUGCGGCUUCCCGGACGAUGGCCUGGAGGAGCCCACGCUGUCGGUGCUCCGGGUACCAUCGCUGGAACUGGAGUCGCGGAAGCUGCCCCGCGGGGACCUCUUGGCCUGUGCCCCUCACGGCGGCGUGCUGCACGUGGCGCUAUCCUCUGGCACUGCCGGUGGCGCGCUGCUCUUCCAUCUCCACAGGAGGUCCCCCUGGCUCGGAGAGCCCAGCCUGCUGCCGGCGGCAGGGGCUUGCAGAGAUGUUCGCGGCAACGUUCUCAUGGCCGUGGCUCCCGAUCGCAGCUGCUUUGCGCUUGUUGAGCGGGACAUGCUGGGCGUGUCCCUCUUUGGCUCUCCCCAGGGGCGGCAGAGGGCGCCAAUGGCUACUGUCAGCACCAAAGACUUGGCGAAGUCAGAGCCAGUCCAAGCACUUCUCUCCGCAGGCCCCGCAGGCCAGGUGCUGCUGCGCACCAGGACCUGCCUGGUGCGGUGCCGCCUGAACUCGGACGCCCAGGUGGAGGGGGUGAAGAGGGAGCUGAUCUCCAGGGAGGACAUGCCGUUGGGCAUGGAUCCCAAGGCUCUGUUGAAGAUGUUGGACACCAUGGGCGAGGACUAG